GUUUUCAGUUAUGCAGGUGUACCAGUAGAUUUUGAGGAUAUUGAAAUCGACCCAAACGCAGAUGACAAUGAUGACUUGCAUUAUGCUAUCACAUCGAUUCGUAGAAAUGGUGUAGCAUUAAAGGGAAACAUCGAAACUCGUAGCACAGAGGCUGAGGUACUUUCUCGAAACGUUGCUCUCCGAAAUCAGUUGGAUCUUUAUGUAAACGUCUUGCACUGCGUAUCAUAUUCAGGAGUGAAUUCGCGUCAUAAAAAUAUUGAUAUCGUCAUUGUCAGACAAAACACUGAAGGAGAAUAUGCUAUGCUGGAGCAUGAAAGUGUGAAAGGCGUUGUAGAAAGCAUGAAAGUGAUCACAAGUGCAAAUUCCGAACGUGUUGCUAGAUACGCAUUUGAAUAUGCUAGACGAAAUGGAAGGAAGAAGGUUACCACAGUUCACAAAGCAAAUAUUAUGAAGCUAUCUGAUGGAUUGUUCUUAGAAACGUCGAAAAAUGUUGCGAAAGAUUAUCCAGACAUUACUCAUAAUAAUAUGAUCAUUGAUAAUACGUGCAUGCAAUUGGUCUCCAAUCCACAUCAAUUUGAUAUUGUAUUAACGACCAAUUUAUAUGGAGCAAUUGUAUCGAAUGUAGUAUGCGGUUUGUUAGGUGGUGCUGGCUUGCUAGCAGGUAAAAAUUAUGGUGAUCAUUAUACAGUGUUCGAGCCUGGUACUCGUAACACUGGUACAGCCAUUGCUGGAAAGAAUAUUGCUAAUCCUAUUGCGAUGUUAAAUGCUGCCGUCGAUAUGUUACGUCAUCUUGGACACAAGACUCAUGCUACUUUAAUUCAGAAUGCCAUUAAUAAAACUAUAAAUCAAGGUGUUCAUACUCGGGACCUUGGUGGACAAGCUACUAGUAGAGAAGUUGUUGAUACUAUAAUGAAACACAUCAAAACAGCAUCUGUUUAAGACUGAUAAGAUAUAUUUUAUUGAUACAGUCUUGCUUUUUAGUACAAAUAUUUAGUUGAUUAGUAAAAAUAUUAUAAUCACUAUAUCUGAGAGCAGUAAUUGCAUGUCCCAUUAAAGCAGUUCUAUAAUAUUGUGUAAAUCGCAAUCUGUUCAAACCAGUUUCUAACUUUAAAAUGACAAAUUUGAUACUUGUAUUAUAUUAAUAUUUUAUGUAAAAUAAUAAAGAUUGAAACAUUGUAAAAUAUA